GAAGAAUACGGUAGCUUCGUAGUUUGUACGAAGCCAGCAGCUUUUAUGAAAGUGCAAAGCGUGUGAAAGCGACCACGCAUUCCCGUUGGAAUAUGUAGCCUACGCUAACAGAUGAUAUGGAGUACGUAAACAUGGUUACAACUCGCUUGGCUUUGCAUUGAAUUGACUGCUAAGCCUAAUUCAACAAUUUCACGAAUUUAAAUACCGAUCAUUACCUAUUAUUCGCGCUGUGGUUCUAUCCCUUUAUCUUCACGAUGGGAGCAGCGAAAUCAAGGGCUGCUUUAACAUGGGACGACAAAGCGUACCCGUUGUGCGAGGUUUUCGAGAAAUACGGUUUCCCGAACUUCGUUUGUUUGAAAGAAGGCUAUUAUGGAACAAGCGAUUCGACUUCCUUCGAGGCCGGGCAAGUUCUCAUGUUACAUGAAUUGUGUCAAAAGCAAAGCUUUGUAGGCGAAGAUUCACUCAGUCGGCCAAUAGCGAUUCCAGUUGAAUGCGUGAAUAACGUCUUAGUGUGUCCGUCCUCGAAAUCCUUUAACCGUGAUGCUAUAUUUGUCGGCGUAAUAUCAAAACUGUAUCCACAGAUAGAAUACUUCCGGGUGCUAGAGAAUGAUUGCGUCGAAGACAAAGUUAAAAGAUGCUAUAAGCUUCAUUCCAUCGUAAAGGUUGAAGAUAUUGACUUUGUAAACUCUCUUGUGAAAUUCAAAGAUGUUAGGCUGCCUCUGCCAUUUAGUAGUCGCAUAAUAUUUGAACCUUUAGUGGAUUGUCGUAAGUAUACAUUGAAAGACGCUGUGGAGGCGUUUGACUUGCCGAUAAAGGUGCGUUUUUUAUCAAGUGGAAAUGACGAUAAAAAGUUGGAAAAUAAUUUGGAAAAUGCUGUCUCGAAUCUUGGCAAGGUAACAAUUCACCGUCUUUCGAGACCUGAGAUGUUAGUGGUUGCAACAAAGUUAGAUGCUGAUCAAUCCUUAACCUUGCCUAACCCGUCAGAGAAAUGCUCGCUUAUUCCAAAGUAUUGCAAGCUGAAAGUUUCCGUGGCUAAAGAACUUCUACAGAACGAUCCUACUUAUCUAAAAAUGGUUCGCAAUUUCAACGAUGCAUUUUUGAAGAAAUACGACCUAGAAGUACUUAUAGGAAAUAAAUCUAGCUUUAGAACUAUCCUGUCAGAACAGCCCCAUGAUCGCAGGUUCAAGAAACAAAGUCCCGGAGAAAAACACGAGGAGGCGAAAACGCCGAUAAAGAAUGACCAUGUCUGUGAGACCAUUGAUGCCGAUGAACCAAAAGAUGGUAAUGAUUCGAAAAUUGCCGAUAGUCAUGUGACGUUUAAAGAUCGCUUGAGCAUGACCUCGCAAAGUAGUCAUCACGAAGAUGAGACCGACCAGAAUUAUUUGGUUAUGACAGGACAGAAUUAUGUCGAUAUGACGUCAUCGGUGUACAAGCGGACGAGCCAGCAGGACGAUGAGGACAAAAUAAAUGAGCAUUUGAAUGUUCCAGUAGUGUCGCUCUUUUCGGCCUCGCCUGCGAACAGCGAGCAUGACGUAAACUGGAAUGAAAAUACCGCAUCGGAAUCUGAAAUUCAAACGUUUCCAGGAGAAAAACACGAGGACGAAGCUCCGAUAAAGAAUGACCAUGUCUGUGAGACUAUUGAUGCCAAUGAACCAAAAGAUGGUCAUGAUUCCAAACUCACUGACAGUCAUGUGGAGUUUAAGGAUCGCUUCAGCUUGAACUCGCAAAGUAGUCAUCACGAGGAUGAGACGGACCAGAAUUAUUUGGAUAUGACAGGACAGAAUUAUGUCGAUAUGACGUCAUUGGCGUUCGAGCGGACGAGCCAGCAGGACGAUGAAAAGAACAAAAUAAAUGAGCAUUUGAAUGUUCCAGAAGUGUCUCUCUCUUCGGCCUCGCCUGCGAACAGCAAGCAUGACGUAAACUGGAAUGAAAAUACCGCAUCGGAAUCUGAAAUUCAAACGUUUCCAGGAGAAAAACACGAGGACGAAGCUCCGAUAAAGAAUAACCAUGUCUGUGAGACUAUUGAUGAACCAAAAGAUGGUCAUGAUUCCAAACUCGCUGACAGUCAUGUGGAGUUUAAGGAUCGCUUCAGCUUGAACUCGCAAAGUAGUCAUCACGGGGAUGAGACGUCACAGGAUAACACGGACCAGAUUUAUUUGGAUUUGACAGAACAGACUGAUGUCGAUAUGUAUAAAGAAUAUAAUGACACCGAUGAAAAACACGAGGACGAAGUGCCGAUAAAGAAUGACCAUUUCUAUGAGACUAUUGAUGAACCAAAAGAUGGUCAUGAUUCCAAACUCGCUGAUAGUCAUGUGGUGGUUGAAGAUCGCUUCAGCUUGACCUCGCAAAGUAGUCAUCACGAGGAUGAGACGGACCAGAAUUAUUUUGAUAUGACAGGACAGAAUUAUGUCGAUAUGACGUCAUUGGCGUACGAGCAGACGAGCCAGCAGGACGAUGAAGAGAACAAAAUAAAUGAGCAUUUGAAUGUUCUAGAAGUGUCGCUUUCUUCGGCCUCGCCUGCGAACAGCAAGCAUGUUGUAAACUCGAAUGUAAAUACCGCAUGGGAAUCUGGAAUUCAAACGUUUCCAGGGAAAAAACACGAGAACGAAGCACCGAUAAAGAAUGACCAUAUUUAUGAGAUUAUUGAUGAACCAAAAGAUGGUCAUGAUUCCAAACUCGCUGAUAGUCAUGUGGUGGUUGAAGAUCGCUUCAGCUUGAACUCGCAAAGUAGUCAUCACGAGGAUGAGACGGACCAGAAUUAUGUCGAUAUGACGUCAUUGGCGUACGAGCAGACGAGCCAGCAUGACGAUGAAGAGAACAAAAUAAAUGAGCAUUUGAAUGUUCCAGAAGUGUCGCUCUCUUCGGCCUCGCCUGCGAACAGCGAGCAUGACGUAAACUGGAAUGAAAAUACCGCAUCGGAAUCUGAAAUUCAAACGUUUCGUGAAGCUGGGAAGUUGGGGUCUGAGGACCAAAACAAGUCCGAAACUCCUUGCCUAAACAGCCCGACUCUUGCCCAGUUACCCGCAGACAUUUCGUGCCUGAGUUUGGCCGGAGUUGGACGGCUUUUGACGAGCCUCAACAUGCAAUUUUAUGUAGACAAGUUUAAAGAGGAACAGAUUGAUGGAGCAGUAUUAGUUACCUUAGAUGAAGAAAUGUUAUUCUCGCUAGACUUAACGCGAUUUCAUGUCACAAAAUUGACGAAGUUUAUAAAGGGUUGGAGACCAAAUGUUAGUUAAGGAAUCAAUAUUCGUAUGUUAGCGAACUUUUGUUUGUAUUUUGUACAAAUAUUUUUGUACAAAAUAUAUUUGUUCAUAUAUAGUUUGGAACUGCUCUGUAACUGUAUCGUAAUUUUAAAUGCAUUGUCUGUAUAGUCUAGAGUGGUAUUCACUUUGUAUGAAACACUUUAUCUGUCGUUCAAGUUAUGUAGAUGAUAUACGUGUCAUAAAGCUUGUAGAAUAGUAAAAAAAAUAACGAGAUUAAUAAGACUAUGUGCACACGGUAACGUUUUCGAGCGUUUUCAUUUUCGUUUUCAUGCCAAAACGGUUUCAAACAUCGUCAAAAAACAAUAGAAGUUGAAGCUAAUUUAACAUAUUGAGAAUAUUUUCCUUUGGAUAGUGUGGACAGGGCGUCAAAGCGAUAGACUAGAUAAAAACGAUUUUGAAAACGCGCGAAAACGACGCUCGUGUGCACAUAGUCUAAAUGAAUGAUAUUCCUGGUGAUAUUUAUAGGCAAAGUAAAUAACAGCAAUUAAUUGAGCAAACCUGGAGUUUGGGGGGUUGAGAGGCCCCUUGGCCCUAGAAAUCGUAGCAGGGAUGCCUAGCUAUAUCCCCUGUGUUACAGAA